AUGGAUGCUUCUUCUCCUCUGCACAUAGCAAUGUUUCCAUGGUUUGCAAUGGGGCACCUAAUCCCAUAUCUUCACCUCUCCAACAAGCUUGCAAAGAGAGGCCACAGAAUCUCCUUCUUCACCCCCAAAAGAACACAGUCAAAGCUUCAACACCUAAACCUUCACCCCCACCUCAUCACCUUCAUCCCCAUCACUGUUCCUCACGUGGACACCCUUCCCCUCCAUGCAGAGACCACUUCAGACGUUCCUUUCUCUUCCUACAAACACAUCGCCACCGCCAUGGACCAUACUGAGAAAGACAUAGAGCUUCUCCUCCAGAAUCUAAAGCCGCAAAUUGUUCUCUUCGAUUUCCAACAUUGGCUUCCAAACUUGGCGCGAAGCCUCGGCAUUAAGAGUGUCCAAUACCAAAUCGGUAACCCAGCCACUUUUGCAUACCUUUCAGGCCACACAAGAGGAAUUCAUUUUAGUGCAGAAAACCUUAUGAAACCGCCUCAGGGGUUUCCAGAUUCAUCUAUCAGGCUUCGUGCACAUGAAGCUCAACGCGUUGUAACCGCCAGCAAGUUUGAAUUUGGUAGUGGUAUCACUCUCUAUGAUCGUUUCAACACUGGUACAAAAUUCGCGGACGCAAUGGCGUACAAAGGUUGCAAAGAAAUCGACGGUGAUUAUAUAAACUACAUGAAAUCCCAGCUCGAGAGGAAACCAAUUAUGCUUUCGGGUCCUCUUUUACCAGAACCAACCAACUCAACCUUGGACGAAAAAUGGGAUUCAUGGCUCUCAGGCUUCAAUACUAAACAUGUAAUUUACUGCGCAUUGGGAAGUGAAUGUUCUUUAAACAAGUCUCAAUUACAAGAAUUAGUGCUCGGUCUUGAACUAACCGGUUUUCCGUUUCUUGCGGCGCUUAAGCCACCGGUUGAGUUUGAUUCGAUUGAACAGGUGUUACCGGAAGGGUUUAAAGAAAGAGUUGAAGGAAGCGGAGUUGUGUAUGAUGGAUGGGUUCAGCAACAAUUGAUUUUGGAGCACCCUUCUGUUGGGUGCUUCAUAACACAUUGUGGAGCGGCUUCCAUAACCGAAGCGCUUGUGAGUUCGUGUCAGCUCGUGUUGCUGCCUGGGCCUUAUAGUGAUCAUGCAAUUGCUGCGAGGAAUUUGGGGAGUAGGUUGAAGGUUGGGAUUGAAGUUGAAAAAGGUGAAGAGGAUGGUUUGUUCAGCAAAGAGAAUGUGUGCAUAGCUGUUAAGACUGCGAUGGAUGAUGAGAAUCAAGUUGGAAAAGAAAUAAGAGAAAAUCAUAGCAAAAUUAGGAAUCUUUUGUUAAGCAAUGAUUUUGAGUCGUCUUGUAUUGAUGGUUUUGUUGGUGAGCUUCAGUCUUUGCUUUGA